AUGAGUACCCGUAUGGUAUGCUGUUUUCGACAUUUUUAUUCUGUUUUCAGAUCAAGUUCAAGGGGGAUUUAAAUGGCUCCUGUGGUAUUUCGGGUCCUUGUGAAGAAGAUGAAGACUGUAUGUCUUUUGCCCAAAGACCGAAUUUGGCGAUAACAUGUUUGCCGAAAAAUUUUGAAGGAUUGGAUACGCUGGUUUCGAAGAAUAACAAUUUGGUGAUCGUAAUCUGGGUGCUGCUAGCUGUUAUCGUGAUCCUCAUCCUUUUCAAUUUUUACAUUUUUUAUCGAAGAAGGGGAAGUCAUAAGAGACUCUCCGAGGAUAUCUGAAAAUGCAUAUCUAUCUCUCUUUUUUCAUUUGUUAUGGAUAAAAAUUUUAUAUGAAUUGAUCUCGGUUAUUUCUUCGUUGAAUCUGUUGGAACUUUACGCAACAUUUAAUCUUGACGGUUUUUUUUUUGAAUAAACGAAUAAAUGGGAGGGUUUUAGCAUUCCGUGGAAAGAUUGCGAUGCACGUCAAGAUUUUGCGCUCAAAGGGUUAUCUUUCAACACAUAAGUUGGCGUUCUGUUCCCUCUUAUGAAAGUGUCCAAAAAUCACUCUUAAUGAAGGUUUCUUUGGAAGGGGUCAGACGAAAGGCGAAAUAUUGCGUAAAAUGAAGAGACUUUCCGUCUUGUUCCAGACUUUAAAAGAUUUUUUGAAUAAACGAAUAAAAGUUAUUGGAUUCUUAAUCCUUUUGAAAAGGGUAAAAAGUAUUUCAUCAUCAUUGAGUCGAAAAGUUUAUUGAAGGGUCAUCAACCUUUAUUGAUGUACCAGACUUACUCUUGAUCCUUCCGCUUUUCCGGAAAAAAUCACAAACAUAAAUCGCAACCUCUAGGUUGCGCAACAUUCAUAACAGGUUGCGCAACACCCCGCAACCUCUUGCCCUCCCGCAACCUCUAGGUUGCGCAACAACCCUCAAUCCUCCUCUUUUCCCCACUUUCUCACCCUUUUUCAAUUUUUUACCGCAAAUUCCCCCUGACCUCUCUCCCCACUCUCCUCCAAUCCCACACUCUCUCACCUUUUUCAUUUUUUUUACCACAAUUUCAUCGCGUCCUUUCAAUUACGACACCCUCUCAUCUUUUUUGAAAUUUGACCGCAAAAUUCCCCUGACCUCUCUCCCCACUCUCCUCCAAUCCCACACUCUCUCAUCUUUUUCAUUUUUUACCACAAUUUCAUCGCGUCCUUUCAAUUACGACACCCUCUCAUCUUUUUUGAAAUUUGACCGCAAAAUUCCCCUGACCUCUCUCCCCACUCUCCUCCAAUCCCACACUCUCUCAUCUUUUUCAUUUUUUACCGCAAUUUCAUCGCGUCCUUUCAAUUACGACACCCGCGCAUCUUUUUUGAAAUUUGACCGCAAAAUUCCCCUGACCUCUCUCCCCACUCUCCUCCAAUCCCUCACUCUCUCACCUUUUUCAUUUUUUACCGCAAUUUCAUCGCGUCCUUUCAAUUACGACACCCGCGCAUCUUUUUUGAAAUUUGACCGCAAAAUUCCCCUGACCUCUCUCCCCACUCUCCUCCAAUCCCUCACUCUCUCACCUUUACAGUACUACCAUACCAUAAAAAUUCCCUCACCUCUCUCCCCACUCUCCUCCAAUCCCACACUCUCUCAUUUACGGCACCCCGCGCCGGCUCCUCCCCCCUUUUCCAGUGGAUGCAAAAUUUAGUGCCAGAAACUACCUCUUAUUACUACUAAUAUAUUUGCUACUGCUUAAGACAAGUUUUCCAAGCUCAAACCCGCCGAAUUUUGAUUAAAAUCCUCCGUAAAGAGCCUCUUCACACUGCACAGUGCGCAAGGAAUAAAAAUAAAUUGGCCGCACCGUGCAAUGACCUCGUGUGGAAUGCAAAUUAUUGCACCGUGCGGCGAAAAAAUUUAAUAAAAAUAAUGCACAGUGCAAGAAUUGCGAAUUCAGCUGCACAGUGCGCGGAAAAUUCCCGAAGCGUCGAGGAAAGCGGGAGCGAUUUUUUUGCACAGUGCGAAAAAACUGCGACAAAAAAGUUUCAGCGCACCGUGCAAUCGGUCGCUCGAGUUUCAUCUGUUGCACAGUGCAUUCUCAAUUCCCAAUCCUUUUUUGCAGCCCGCAUGCGACAAACCAAAACAAUUGGAAUGCCGGGCCGCAAACUCCCCAAUGGUCGAAAAUGAAAGGCGGGCGCGAGAAAAGAAGCAGGAGCGGCCUGUCAAACUUGAGCGACAUGCCCGCCAAAUCAACUCACCGUUCUCAAACUGCGGCGCGGGGUCGUGGACGUUGGCCAGAAUGAACGAAAAGAGCUUGGUGAACUGGGUGGUCAUCGCGGCGACGAGGCGCGCGCACAGCCAGACGGCGACGAACAGGCUGCUCUCUGCCGAUGUCGCGCCCGGUACAUCGCGUCGCGCGGGUCGCGGCGACGGACGGACGGUGUCGCCGAGCGAUGGGCGAUGCGUGAUGAUCGCGGCGAUGAGUGCGACGGCACUCGUGGCGAUCCGAAGGCACAGUCUGCGAUGGGAAAAGAGCGAUGAGUCAGGUUCACGACGCAAAUUUCGCGACAAAAAUUGA